GCUCUACGUGUAAAAACAAAACUUAGGGAAAGCAACAGGAGUUGGAGAAGUAAACCCUACACUGAGCCCUCCCUUUUUUUUGGCCAGCACUUUAAAAAGGUUUCUGACUUUGCAAGGGGAAGCACACUUCAGGACGACGAGGAGGAGAAGAGUCCUGACCCUGGUGUUUAAAAAUGCUCAGACAUCGAAACUUAUUCAGUCUGUGGCUUCUGCUACUUCUCCAUGAGUCUGGAAGGGCAGCCACAUUUAAGAUGUUCGGAAGACCCUCUGAGCCGCAGGACGGUGACGUGAAGGAGGGUGAUUUGCGGCUGUUUGGCUCACAGAGUGCUUCAGAGGGCCGCGUGGAAGUCUACCACGAUGGGAAAUGGGGAACAGUCUGUGAUGACGGCUGGGACAUGGCUGAGGCCCAGGUGGUGUGUCGUCAGCUCAAAUUCCCCGGGGCAAAAUCUGUUGUCAUUGGGAAGGACUACGGACAAGCAUCUGGACCCAUUUGGCUGGAUGAUCUCCACUGCAAAGGCACAGAGAACUAUCUGUCCACAUGUUCUUUCAAAGGCUGGGGACUGACCGACUGCACCCACAAAGAGGAUGUCGGAGUUAUUUGUGAAACAGAUGUGAUUCCAGGCACUAAUACGACCAUCGAUGAUUCUGCACACCAGCUGGACCACAGCAUCAGUUUGUCUGAUGAGCUCGGCCAAAUCUUUGACAGCGGGAGCGGCUGUGAUUUCCUGAUCUCGGUCCAGAGUGCUACUGGAAACAGAAAAGAGGAUGGGACCCUGGAGAUGGCUGAGACAGAAAUUUGUACGCACAGAAUAAUCCUCUCGCAGUUUCCUUUCUUCAAUGCUUCAGUUGAGAGCUCGAGUAUUACAGUCAGCAUCAGCCAGUCUUGCAAACCAUAUUUUAGUCCCCUCAUCAGGUACAUUUACACCCGUAAGAUCGAUGUGACCUUUACCUCCGCGCAAUGCAUCCACUGGAUGGCUUCCAGGUUUGGGAUGAAGCAGCUGAUGGAGGACACAGGCCGACUGUUCACUAAGAUCCUCCCAGAAGACGCCUCUUUCCAAACCCAACUGUCCCUUUACGAAUAUGCAGAGGAGACUGGAGACUUGGUGCUCCAGGAGAACUGUAUCCAGUAUCUGGCCUGGAACUACCAAAGUCUGACCACAUCCCCUGCUUGGAAAACCCUCUCCAUUAAGCUUCUUGGAGCCAUUCUAUCCCGCUCAGACCUGGUGGUGCAAGAUGAAUACUUCCUGCUUCAGACUGUCCAGAGCUGGAUCAAAGAGAAGGGCAACUCCGCCACCUCAGAAGCCCAACUUGACCUGUUGAAUCGCAUCCGAUUCCCGAUGAUUCCUGCAGAGAAACUUUACGACCUGGAGCUUAACUCUUCCCUCGACAGCACCUUUACAAAUAUGUAUCGGGAUAACAUGUUGAAAGCAUUCCAGUUUAAUGUUCUCCUCUUAAGCACACUUCAGUCCAACCCGAAGUUUAAAGAAGAUGAAGAUUACAAACCCAGGAUCUACACCUCUGAGGCAUGGAGCACAUCGUUUGAUCGAUCAGAUCCAGUCCCAACCCGUUACGCACCUAAUUACAGAGAUAUGAGACAUUAUGGAAAUUAUUAUUAUUAUCCCACUCCCAGUCCAUACGGUAAAAGCAGCGCGUCCUUCACCACAUCUGUCCACUACAGCCUGAUCUUCAACGACACCAGGGUCAGCUGGCAGGCAAAUGUCUUCAAGAAUCAGCGUGAGUGUUCAAACCAAGGUCUGAGAUGUGCGUCGUUCCCUGCAGCACGGCUGGUUAUCAGUAACUACUACAACCAGAAGAGCAACAACAUCCUGUUCCGUAACCGGCUCCUGCUGAAGUGCCAAGACAAGUAUAUCUGUCAGGUUCAGGACUUCAAGGAGGAUCUGGCUUAUAUCAACGCGAAUGGAACCCAGAAUGCCUAUCCGUGUCCUAAAGACGAGUACACCUACCGCUUUGUAGUGAGACCAGAGUACGUCAGUGGUUUCUGGCAUGCCAAGCUUGAGGAGCAGUCCAGUUACCUGACCACGUUUGCAACACCUUUUGGACAUUAUAGAUGGCUGAGGAUGCCAAUGGGAAUAAGUACAGCUCCUGAAAUCUUUCAGAGAAAGCUCACACAAGCCCUGGAAGACCUCCCUGGUCUGUACAUCAUUGCUGAUGACGUGUUGAUCACAGGUCAAGGUGAGACACAGGAAGCGGCAGAGGCUGACCAUGAUAAAAAACUGAGACUGUUUCUGGACAGGUGCAAACAAAAGAACAUCAAACUAAAUGCGGACAAGUUUAAACUGAGACAAAAGGAGGCCGCAUGCAUUGGACAUCUCCUGACAGCGGAUGGACUAAAGAUAGAUCCAGAAAAGGUGCGUGCCAUCAAACAGAUGCUAAAACCAACAGAUGUAAAAGCUGUUCAAAGACUACUGGGUAUGGUAAACUACCUUGCCAAGUUCUGCCCACACCUCUCUGACCAGUGUGAGGUGCUGAGACAGCUAACACACAAAGACUGUGAGUGGAACUGGACAGAACAACACGAGGAAGCUUUUCUCAAACUGAAAGAGACCAUUGCAAAUGCUCCUGUGCUGAAGUACUACAGCCCAGAGGAAGAACUAACGGUACAGUGCGAUGCCUCAGACACAGGUUUGGGUGCAGCACUCAUGCAGAAGGGCAAGCCUGUCGCAUUCGCAAGCAGAGCACUCACACCAACAGAGCGAGGUUAUGCUCAAAUAGAGAAAGAAUUUCUAGCAAUGGUUUUCAGCAUGGAAAAGUUCCACCAGUACACCUAUGGUCGCAAAUGUUUAAAAAUGCUCAGACAUCGAAACUUAUUCAGUCUGUGGCUUCUGCUACUUCUCCAUGAGUCUGGAAGGGCAGCCACAUUUAAGCUGUUCGGAAGACCCUCUGAGCCGCAGGACGGUGACGUGAAGGAGGGUGAUUUGCGGCUGUUUGGCUCACAGAGUGCUUCAGAGGGCCGCGUGGAAGUCUACCACGAUGGGGAAUGGGGAACAGUCUGUGAUGACGGCUGGGACAUGGCUGAGGCCCAGGUGGUGUGUCGUCAGCUCAAAUUCCCCGGGGCAAAAUCUGUUGUCAUUGGGAAGGACUACGGACAAGCAUCUGGACCCAUUUGGCUGGAUGAUCUCCACUGCAAAGGCACAGAGAACUAUCUGUCCACAUGUUCUUUCAAAGGCUGGGGACUGACCGACUGCACCCACAAAGAGGAUGUCGGAGUUAUUUGUGAAACAGAUGUGAUUCCAGGCACUAAUACGACCAUCGAUGAUUCUGCACACCAGCUGGACCACAGCAUCAGUUUGUCUGAUGAGCUCGGCCAAAUCUUUGACAGCGGGAGCGGCUGUGAUUUCCUGAUCUCGGUCCAGAGUGCUACUGGAAACAGAAAAGAGGAUGGGACCCUGGAGAUGGCUGAGACAGAAAUUUGUACGCACAGAAUAAUCCUCUCGCAGUUUCCUUUCUUCAAUGCUUCAGUUGAGAGCAUGAGUAUUACAGUCAGCAUCAGCCAGUCUUGCAAACCAUAUUUUAGUCCCCUCAUCAGGUACAUUUACACCCGUAAGAUCGAUGUGACCUUUACCUCCGCGCAAUGCAUCCACUGGAUGGCUUCCAGGUUUGGGAUGAAGCAGCUGAUGGAGGACACAGGCCGACUGUUCACUAAGAUCCUCCCAGAAGACGCCUCUUUCCAAACCCAACUGUCCCUUUACGAAUAUGCAGAGGAGACUGGAGACUUGGUGCUCCAGGAGAACUGUAUCCAGUAUCUGGCCUGGAACUACCAAAGUCUGACCACAUCCCCUGCUUGGAAAACCCUCUCCAUUAAGCUUCUUGGAGCCAUUCUAUCCCGCUCAGACCUGGUGGUGCAAGAUGAAUACUUCCUGCUUCAGACUGUCCAGAGCUGGAUCAAAGAGAAGGGCAACUCCGCCACCUCAGAAGCCCAACUUGACCUGUUGAAUCGCAUCCGAUUCCCGAUGAUUCCUGCAGAGAAACUUUACGACCUGGAGCUUAACUCUUCCCUCGACAGCACCUUUACAAAUAUGUAUCGGGAUAACAUGUUGAAAGCAUUCCAGUUUAAUGUUCUCCUCUUAAGCACACUUCAGUCCAACCCGAAGUUUAAAGAAGAUGAAGAUUACAAACCCAGGAUCUACACCUCUGAGGCAUGGAGCACAUCGUUUGAUCGAUCAGAUCCAGUCCCAACCCGUUACGCACCUAAUUACAGAGAUAUGAGACAUUAUGGAAAUUAUUAUUAUUAUCCCACUCCCAGUCCAUACGGUAAAAGCAGCGCGUCCUUCACCACAUCUGUCCACUACAGCCUGAUCUUCAACGACACCAGGGUCAGCUGGCAGGCAAAUGUCUUCAAGAAUCAGCGUGAGUGUUCAAACCAAGGUCUGAGAUGUGCGUCGUUCCCUGCAGCACGGCUGGUUAUCAGUAACUACUACAACCAGGAGAGCAACAACAUCCUGUUCCGUAACCGGCUCCUGCUGAAGUGCCAAGACAAGUAUAUCUGUCAGGUUCAGGACUUCAAGGAGGAUCUGGCUUAUAUCAACGCGAAUGGAACCCAGAAUGCCUAUCCGUGUCCUAAAGACGAGUACACCUACCGCUUUGUAGUGAGACCAGAGUACGUCUGACCAAUAACAGGGCAUGAAUGAAUACGUCCCACAUCUGAUCGAUUUGUGUGUUGAUAACUCAAUAGAUUACAAUGAUACUACAUUAUAACCCUUGUGAUUCUAUUUUUCUAGCAUAACAAAGCAUAUGAUGUACACCUGCUCUGAUGUUUUGAUUUUGUGCUCAUUUUACUGUAUUUCAUUACCCAAAUGUGGGACAGGAGAUAUCCAGCGAUCCAAAUCAAUACAGAGUACAAUACCCUAACUGAACACAGGGUGUGCCAUUGUAGAAAUGGGUACCUUUUUUCAGGGUAGUAUAUAUACAUAUCCUGGGUGUGAUUUAGUUCUGUGGUUCUCAACUGGUGGAUGGUGGAUCCGUUUUCAGUGGGUUGUGAUUUAUCAUUCUGGAAGUGGUGGUGGGUUCUGAGGCUAGACCAGUUGGGUAUCACUGUGUUCAUUUGUAUGUAUGUAUUCUCUGCUGCUUUUAUAAAAAUGACAAUCAAUAAAAAAAAUGAUUUCCAGCUCUA